AUGAGGUGCAGUGUAUCCACGCUGAGAAAAACAACAAGGGUCCCAUGGAGGCUGCCUCGCUUUUUCUCAAGCUGCUGUUGGAGGUCCAGGUGGAAGGCUGGUUCCGUGGCUUUUUGGAUGCCCUAAACCACGCAGGUUAUUCUGGACUUUAUGAAGCCAUUGAAAGUUGGGAUUUUCAAAACCUUGAAAAGUUAGAGGACCACAGAACACUUCUGAGACGGUUAGAACCAGAAUUCAAAGCCAGAGUUAUUCCAACGGAAAUCCUCCCUGAAAUAGCUGAAUGUUUAAUCGCUCAGGAUUGCGAAGAAAUUUGGCAGGUUUGCGCCAGUAAGGGGCCCAUGGCAGGUGCGGAGAAGCUGGCCGAGUGCCUUCUCAGAUCUGACAAGGAGAACUGGCCCAAGGCUUUGAAACUUGCUUUGGAGAGAAAUGGGAACAUCUUCAGUGAACUGUGGAUUAUAGAUGAAGGUGUGAAAGAUGUAGAAAUGAAAGUCAUUGAGGAUGAUUCAAUGGAAAAUUCUGAAGUACAGAUUUUCUACCGGGAAGAUCCAGAAGAGCAGAGUCUUAGUCAGAGCCCCUGUCCACCUGCAGAAAUGCCUUCUACUAACUUGUACAGCCCUUUGAAACCAAGAAAUUACCAGCUAGAGCUUGCUUUCCCUGCUAAGGAAGGAAAAAAUACAAUAAUAUGUGCUCCUACUGGUUGUGGAAAAACCUUUGUUUCACUGCUUAUAUGUGAGCAUCACCUGCAGAAGUUCUCACAGGGCCGGAAGGGGAAGGUUGUCUUCUUUGCCAACCACGUCCCCGUGUACGAACAGCAGAAGACGGUGUUCUCCAGACACUUCGACAGACUUGGGUACAGAGUUACGGGCAUUUCUGGAGCAACAGCCGAGAAUGUCCCAGUGGCACAGACUAUUGAGAACAGUGACAUCAUCGUUUUAACACCGCAGAUUCUUGUGAACAAUCUUAAAAACGGAACCGUCCCGUCACUGUCCGUCUUCACCCUGAUGAUAUUUGAUGAGUGCCACAACACCAGUAAACACCACCCGUACAAUGUGAUCAUGUUCAAUUACCUGGACCAGAAGCUCGGAGGGUUUUCAGACCCGUUGCCCCAGGUCAUCGGGCUGACUGCGUCUGUCGGUGUUGGAGAUGCCGGGAACGUAGAGGAAGCCAUGGCCCACAUCUGCAAGCUGUGUGCUUCCCUUGAUGCUUCGGUGAUAGCGACAGUCAGAGAAAACUUGGAGGAGCUGGAGCAAGUGGUUUCUAAGCCCCAGAAAAUUUCCAGGAAAGUGGAACCACGGACUACCAACAGAUUUAAACUGAUUUUAUGUCAGCUGAUGCAGGAGACAGAGCAUCUGGCAGAGAAUGUCUCUGAAGAACUUGGCUACCUGUUUCGAAUUCAGGAUAGAGUGUUUGGAACACAGAAAUAUGAACAGUGGAUCGUCGCGGUUCACAAAGCGUGCAUGGUGUUUCGGGCGCCAGACAGAGAAGAAGAGAGCCGGAUUUGCAAAGCCAUGUAUCUGUACACGUCCCACUUGCGGAAAUAUAAUGACACCCUCAUUAUCAGUGAGGACGCGCAAAUCAAAGACGCUUUGAAUUACCUGAAGGAUUUCUUCAACAAUGUCCGAGCAGCAGCAUUUGACGAGACUGAGCAAGAUCUUACUCGGAGGUUUGAAGAAAAGUUGCCGGAACUAGAACGUGUUUGCAUGGAUCCCAGCAAUGAGAACCCUAAACUCAGAGACCUCCACUUAAUCUUACAAGAAGAGUACCACCUAAACCCAGAGACGAGAACCAUUCUUUUUGUGAAGACCAGAGCACUUGUGGACGCUUUAAAAAAAUGGAUUGAAGAAAAUCCUGCACUUAAUUUUCUAAAGCCUGGCAUAUUGACUGGACGUGGCAAAACAAAUGAUAAAACAGGAAUGACCCUCCCAGCGCAGAAGUGCGUGUUGGAUACAUUCAGAGCCAAUGGAGAUAAUAUUCUGAUUGCCACCUCGGUUGCUGACGAGGGCAUUGACAUUGCUCAGUGCAACCUGGUUAUCCUGUACGAGUACGUGGGCAACGUCAUCAGGAUGAUCCAAACCAGAGGCAGAGGAAGAGCAAAAGGUAGCAAGUGCUAUCUUCUGAGCAGUAAUGCUGAUGUAAUUGCCAAAGAAAAUAUAAAUUUGUACAAGGAACAAAUGAUGAAUGACUCUAUCUCAAGACUUCAGACAUGGGAUGAAGCAAUAUUUCAAGAAAGAAUUCACCGUAUACAGAAUCAAGAAAAACUUAUCAGAGAUAGCCAACCAAAACCAGAACUUGUCCCUGAUAAGGAAAAUAAAAGACUGCUCUGUGGAAAGUGCAAAGUCCUGGCAUGCCACACGGCUGACAUACGAGUGAUAGAGGAAUCCCACUACACUGUCAUUGGAGACGCUUUUAAGAAGUGCUUUGUGCGUAAACCACACCCCAAGCCACGGAGCUAUGGAGGCUUUGAAAAGAAAGAAAAGAUAUUCUGUGCCAGAGAGAACUGCGGCCACGACUGGGGAAUCCGUGUGAGGUACAAGACGUUUGAGAUCCCAGUCAUCAAAAUUGAGAGUUUCGUGGUGGAGGAUACUGUCACUGGACUUCAGAAACAGUAUCCGAGGUGGAAGGACUUUCCUCUUGAGAAGAUACAGUUCGAUGCUAAGGAGCUGUCUCAGUGACCCCUGCUCCCAGUCCUUAGCCACAGGGCGUGGUCACGGAGGGAAGCAGUGGUCCAGCGGGUGCAACCAUCAGUCACCUGUACCUUUGCGUAAGGCUCAUACUGUACUGAGUAUGUGAGUUAGCUUCCCUGUUUGCAUUCAGCUAUCUCUAUUGUGUCACAUACAGGGCACACAGGUGGGAAUUGUGGCCCUGAAAACUUCGUGGGGCAAGAGAACUCACAGUAGGACUGGAGAAAAAUGUGAAAUUGUUUCUACCCUCCUGUCCCCUGGCCAGUGAGCACCUAACAGCCGCUGGGUACAUGUGAGCACGAAUGAGCUGAACGUUUUUUCGUGCCUCUUUCCCUCUUGAAGCUGCUGCACACUAGGUUUCCCCGCAGUGAUCUCCUGGAAUUCUUUCCAAAGCUACCAGUGACCGGCUGCCAAUCCACUGGAUACUUCUUGGUUCUUUUAUUUCUUCUCUCGCUACUUUGGGCCCUGUUGUAUCCCUCUGUUGAAACUCUCCCUUGGCUUUUUUCUUAAGUUUUUUCCCUUCUUACUGGUUCCUCUUUGCUGGUAAAGUGUAGGUAAUUCCAGGGGCUCACUGUAUCUGUCUAUAUGUCUGUCUGUCUGUCUAUCUAUGUAAGUUAUAUAUACUCAUGUUUUCUUCAUAGCAGUGUGUAGCAUGGUAAUCAUAAAACAUCUCUCAUUAGACAUCUUUCGUUAGUGACAUUCAGUAGACCUCUUUCAUUAGUGCGGGCAUAUCACUUCCUGAGGUUUCGUUUUUUACUUUAUCCAUUUUUUUCUAUUAGUUUGUUCUCUUAACCUGCUAUUUGCAUAAUCAUCUCAAGCCAUCUUCUGGUAAUGGUUAUGUUUAACGCUUGGAUUAUUCUCAGUUAAGUUCCUUGGAUGGUACUGAUGAAGCGGUUUAAUCUGGCUGUCCUUUCUACUUAUAACAUUUGCUGAUGCUUCAGAGAGCUUAGUUUGGGGCUUUCCUGUCAUGGAGAUAUGUUUCCUGAGUUUUGUUAUUUUCACCAGACCAGGGCUGGGGAUUUAGCUCAGUGGCACAGCGCCUGCCUGGUAAGCGCGAGGUCCUGAGUUCAAUUCCUGCUACCCGCACCCCCAAGAAACCCCCACCAGACCAAGGUAUUCUGUGUUCAGUUUGGGGAAGCAUCGCUAAUCCGUAGGCUUUAUAGCAAUUUAAGCAUCUUCCUAGAGCAGAUUCAGAUAGUUUGUAAUGCAUUAGGACCAUCAGUGGCCUAACAAUAAAAGCUCCAGAGAUCAUAAAACGUUAGUCUCAUGUUCAACACACACACCCUUUUUCAAGGAAUCUUUACGAUAACAUCUAAAGGCUAUUUGGAGGCCACGCCUACCCAGCAGUCAGCCCUGGAGGUCAAUGGGUGAUUUGUUGCAGUCACCGAAUUUUCUGCUGGAUCUGAUGAGCAGCAGUGCUGGCAAGAAGCCGGAAAAAAUUACCAGCUACCUAGCUUCUGUUUGUGUUCUCCAUCUGUAAAACAGGAGGGCUUUCAAAGUUCAAAAAAUACAAGAAAGAUACAGGAUACACAGCAGUUGCUUGGUACUGGUUACUCAGAGUACUCUGUUUUGUUUUACUAACAGUGUUCCCAACAUGCAAUAAAUGGGUUAUCCGAG